AUGAAAGUAUUAAUUGUGAUAUGUGCGCUGCUAAGCUGCGCUGCUGCCGCCAGCAUAAGCGAGCAGCUGCAAGCGGAGUGGGCUGCUUAUAAGCAGAACUUUGGCAAGGCGUACACAACUCAGGCGGAGGAGCAGCAGCGUAUGCUCAACUAUGCCCAGAACAAGCUCAAGGUGCAGGCGCACAACAAACGUUAUGCAGCGGGCAAGGAGCGCUAUGAGCUGGGCAUGAAUCAGUUUAGUGAUCUGAGCUAUGAGGAGUUCUCGCUGCGCAUGCUGCAAAGCAAUGAUGGGAACGAUGCUGCCGCACGCAGCGUUGAUGAAAUUUAUACGCCUGUAUACAAAGAUAAUCCACGCAACUUUGACUAUCGUCAGCAGGGCAUUGAAACGCCAGUUAAAAAUCAACUAAGCUGCGGCAGCUGCUAUUGCUUUAGUGCUGUGGGCGCUGUCGAGGCUGCACAUCAGCUCAAGACUGGUGAGCGCAUCUCGCUGUCCGAGCAGAAUCUACUGGACUGCACCAGCGCGCCGCCUUAUGACAAUCUGGGCUGCCGCGGCGGCUGGAAGGAAUAUGGUCUGGACUUUGUCAUCGCACGUGGCAUCAACACUGAGGCCGCUUAUCCUUAUGAGAAUGAGCUGAAGCCUUGCAGAUUCAAUCCCCAUGCAGUUGCUGCCAAUCUGACGAGCUACAAAUUUAUACAGCGUCACAAUGAGGCGGCCAUGCUGCAAGCGCUGGUGGACGAAGGACCUUUGCUUGUGUCAGUGUGGGUUACAGAUCUUUUCCAGAGCUACAGAAAUGGCAUCUUCUUCGAUUCCACUUGCAAUCUGGGCAAGACCAAUCAUGCGGUGUUGCUAGUGGGCUAUGGCACUGAUCCCAAUGGUGUUGCCUUCUGGGUUAUAAAGAAUUCCUGGGGCUACUUCUGGGGCGAACAGGGCUAUAUACGCAUGGCGCGUAAUCAGAACAGUAUGUGCGAAAUUGCACGCACAGCCAUCACUGUGAAGAUCUAAGUAAUACUCACAAAUAUUUAAAGGUAAU